CGAGCGUUUCUUUUCAGAGAUUCUUGAUUGUUUUGUCAAACUUGUCAAAAGGUUAACUUCGAACAUUCCCGAAAGACACGGAAAGUCGACCGUAUUGAUUUGAAGCGGGCUGCGGACAUUCGUAAUGAGUUUGUCUGCAAAUCUUGACAGCUUGGCAGUCGCUGGUCGAAAAGAGCUGACGUAAGCGACUGAGGUGAAGACGCGAAGCUAACAGCCGGGACAGGGCAGGUAUCUUAUUAGCUCUGCAGAGGUGAAGGAUGGGGCAUAAACUGGAUCUCUCUGGUCUGACGGAUGUGGAGGCUGACCAUGUGAUUCAGGUGGUGCAACGGGACAUGGAGCUGCGCAAGACUGAGGAGAUGCGGCUCAAUGAGAUGAAGAAGGCACUGGUUGAGGAGGGCAGUCGGUCUGUUCUGCUGUCGCGGCAGCACAGGUUUAAUGAGCGCUGCUGCAUCCGCUGCUGUUCUCCCUUCACGUUCCUGCUCAACCCAAAACGUUCCUGCCUGGACUGCUGCUACAACGUCUGCAAGGGCUGCUGCACAUAUAGUAAGAAGGACAAAGGCUGGCUGUGCUCCGCCUGCCAGAAGACCAGGCUACUGAAGACACAGUCACUGGAAUGGUUCUACAAUAAUGUGAGAAGGCGUUUUAAAAGGUUUGGCAGUGCCAAAGUAUUAAAGAACCUCUACAGGAGGCAUGCAGCCGAGCAUGAAGCGCUAGCAGAGCUUACAGAGGGCAGCACUUGUGAGGAGAGUGUCUGCAAUGAGAGUAGUAUGUAUGAGAGCGACUCGACGUUUUACAAGCAAAGUGAAGAGCACAGCAUGGCUGAGACUAUUAAUGUGGCACAGCGGGUGGCAGAAGAGGCCAUAGAUGAGGCCAUUGCUAAGGCUGAGAUCCAGACUGGCAGUCAAGAGAAGCAGAAUGAAGCUCAUUAUUUGCGAGAGAACAGAGGAGAGCUGAUAGAGGACUUGACCACAACUAUAGUACAGAAAAUUGUCCGCCGGAAAAGGGAUCAACAGACUGAUGAGAUGCAGUCUGGAUGUAAUCUGAACCAGAACAGCGAUGGAAUCUCUCCUGAUCAAACCCAGAGUGCCUUUGAUGCUUCUCUCUGGAGGUCUCGCUCAGCUUUCUGUCUCAUGACUGAUGAGAAAACAGACCAGCAUGCUAACACUGGGUCAAGACCUUCAUCUUCUAUAAGUCAUACUCUGGAAAUGAAGGAAGAAAUGAUGCCUGUCCAGGCCAUGCCUAGCUGGAGGAGUGUCGACCGACUGGACAAUUCCAUGUUACAGAGUCCUGAUGGUAACUGGAUUGCUUAUCAGAGCAACCUGCUCUCUCGACCAGGCCUUUUAACUAAGCGCAAAAGUCUGGUCUACAGCGUCUUGGAAAGGGAGUCUGGCGUGGUGUCAGCUUACAAUGAGAUGGGCUCAGAAACAGAGCCUGAAGCUAAUGGGGUCUGGGGAGCUGCACUGGAAGAGUUUCUGCGUAAAAUGUCUGCCAAUAAGCAGUUGGGUUACCCAGAGUCCUACGGCCAUCAAGCAACCUUGCCUUUGAAUGCACAAGCACAACAUCUCACUGCACACACCUUGAAUGCUGAUGCUGAGAACUCCUCAGGACAGGAUGGGCCGCCACCCCUGUCCCAGAAAACUGUGCUGCCCUUCUUGAAGAGAAAAGUGCCACUAGAACACAGGCGACCCUCAUCCGCCCGCCGCUCAAACGUCAUGGAUAUCAAUUUCAAUCCAGGAGGCGCUGAAAGCAGUGAGGAUGGCCUAGAGGACAGCAGUGUCAAAAGGUCACGGCGAAGGAGGAAAAAUAAGAGAGAGGAGGCAGAGUGGAAAGGACAGUCGGAUUCCAAUAGCCACCUCUUAGAUGCUCUGAUGAAGAGGCGUUAUGUGAAACAAGACUCAGCAUUGCAUGGCACUUCAGACACUGCGACCCCUGACAUCUUGAGCUCUGGAGCCGUGACCCCUGAUCCAUUUGGACUUGGUCUCAAUUCUCCCAGCUAUUACAAUCAAGGGGCCCUUGGUGUAGUUGGAUCUUUAGAUCAGGAGUUGACUUCCAAAUUGAAAGAGCUGACCAGUCAAGUCAGAGAAAUGCAACUUUCCUCCACUGAGGAUGAACUGGACAGGUUGGAGUAUCAAAUGGGGAAUGAAGAAAAUAAGACAAACACAAAAGUGGGAGAUAAAGUUAUGGGAGAUGCUUCAUUGAAGAUUGAGGCUGAUUCAAAAGAAAUAUCAGAUGAAAUUGAAUCCACAAAUCAAGUGAGAUCAACUGAGAUAUUGAAAGAUGGCCUGACUUCCAUACUGAGAGUGUUGACCAGUCAGGUCAGCGAAACACUACUUUCCUCCACUGAAGAUGAACUGGACAGGUCUGAGUAUCAAACUGAAACCAAGGGUAUAAAUCGGUCAAUAAGAACUGAGCUGCUGGUGGUAAAUGACAGGACAGAUGGAACCAAAAUGAUACAAUAUGAUGAGAAAACCCAAAACCAUGCAGAGAAAUCAGAAGAAAAUAGAUCAGAGAAAAGGCAAAAGGACACUGUGGCAAAGCAGGACAUUUGUGAGCAAAAGGACACGGGUGAGACACAAAUGUCAGAAGAAAUGAGCUCUGCGAGCCAAAAACAGACACUUGCUGAGAUCGAUACACAAAAUGAGAUGGCUAGAGAGAGAAUUGAAGAGACAAAGAACGAGCAAGAAGUUCAGACUGAAGAGAAAAAAUCUGAAAUAAAAGAUUGUGGAAAUGCAGUUGAAGGACAGCAGAGCAGAGCUGAGAAUACAAAUUCUGAAGAUACAGAGGAGACAGAAGACAAACAAUGCAGCAAAUCAUCAGAAGAGAAAGUUCAAGAGAAGGACAGCAACAGUCGAGGUGACUUGAUUGAAAAAAGGGAGGCACAGCGGUACCCCACAACUCAGCACAGCACCCCAUAUGGUCAGGAGGAGUAUCUGUCACCGGAGGAGAUCUACAAGGAUGCACACAUGCUGGACAUAGAGAAAAACCUACAUUUAAUCUCCAAUAUACUACAACAGAAGUACUCGGCCACAUCACUGCGCAGCAUCACCACAGAAGUGCUAAAAGUACUGAAUGCUACAGAGGAUCUGAUUCACGGAUCUGUGGUCGAUGGACAAGGCCAGUCAGACCACAGUGACCUCUCGGUAAUUCCCCCUGCCGAGGCCAGUAGACUGAAUGAGCAGCUCAGCGGACUCGAGGAGAAUGUGUAUGUGGCGGCAGGUACAGUGUACGGGCUUGAGGCUGAACUGGGGGAUCUGGAGGAGUGUGCGCGCAGCAUCAGUGGAUCCACCACUGAAAGUGAGCUGUCUCAUCUGGAGGACCAGGUGGCUUCUGCAGCAGCCCAGGUGCAGCAGUCUGAGCUCAAGGUUUUAGACAUUUCCUCAAGAAUUGCUGCUCUGAAAAAUGCAGGUCUUAAUGUAACUCCACAGACCCAAUUUACCAAGGUCAAGACUACAAAAACCAAGACACAAACCAUUAGCUCAUCUCGGAAACUGAGGAGGCGUCUGCCAGCACCUCCAAAACAAGAUAAAGAAGCAUAAUGAGGACAGUGGGAAACAUCGGCAAGCAUCAUCACAAAGUUAAAUAACUACAAACUUAAAAAAGCCACUGAUCACAUGUGCCUUGAAGCUCAUGGCUCAUAGAUAAUAUUUUAUGGACUCAAGCUCUGGCUGACAGAUUCAGAUAGACUGAUGUAUCGCUCAUCCAGUGAUGCCAUUUUACACAAACAAAUUACUCUUGGAUAGGAUUGCUUUAGUACCUCUCUCCCCUCAUAAUGUAAAAUAAAUAAUAAACUAAAAUAAUGUAAAAUUAUACAAUGUUUUGGCAUAUUUUACCAUUACUAUGAAUCAAGCUCAUCAUUCGAUUAAGUCUUUA